AUGCACAGCAAAUCGUCGUCGUGCUUUCUUUCUAGCCUGCAGAACACCGGAGUAGCGGAGGAAGACGACAGUCGUUGCGACGACAAACAGUGGCCCCACGGACGAAUUAACUUCGAAUGUAGCAAGCUGGAUGCCCAUCGACAGGCUUUUCUGUUUCAUGAAAAACUAAUUGGUCAUUGCAUUGAAUCGAGCGAUGUUCGUCCUGCGAUGCUGAUCGCUUUCAAACGAACUAACUUUAGAUGGCAGUGGUUCAACAAAAUAAUCGGUCAAGGAAAAUAUGGUCGGGUAUUUACUGCGAUGAAUUUGGACACUGGUCAGCUGAUGGCCGUUAAGCAGGUGAAGUACGAACGACAAGAUCAUCAGGCUAUUCAAGCACUCGUAGACGAGAUUAAAAACGUUGAAGGUAUAAGGCACCCCAAUCUUGUUCGUUACUAUGGUGUCGAAGUUCAUACGGAUGAACUGUUAAUUUUCAUGGAGUACUGUUCCGAAGGAACCCUUGAACAAGCAUGUCGUGACGGCUUAUGCGAGGAGCUGGUGCGGGGCUACACUCGGUCCCUUCUGAAGGCCGUCUGCGAACUUCAUCGACAAGGCAUCGUUCAUCGGGAUAUCAAACCCGCCAAUAUUUUCUUGACCAGCGAUUUCUGCCUGAAGUUAGGAGACUUCGGAUGCACGGCUCGGCUGAAAAGCGCCACAAAUACGGGUCCAGGUGAAUUGACCAGUUACAUUGGAACGGCAGCAUAUAUGGCACCCGAAGUUUGUGCUGGCAUUCCUGGUGGCUAUGGCCGCACGUGUGAUAUCUGGAGUUUGGGAUGCGUGGUAUUGGAAAUGAUCACUGGCAAGCCGCCUUGGCACGAAUACCACUUUUUGUCAAUUAUCUACAAAGUUGGAAACGGCGGAAUUCCACCCAUUCCUGAAAAUAUUAGCGACGACUGUCGAAGUUUCUUGGACAAAUGUCUUGUUCGCAGAAUGGAAGAUAGGUGGCCGGCUGAACGUUUGAUGGAACAUCAGUUCGUGAAGGUAUUUUACCAUCACACUGGUCCCAUGUAA